UUCACUUUUCUCUCUCUUUCUCUCUGGUUCUGGUUCUGGUUCGGGUCAGCUCUCAUUUCUUGGACUCCAAUCCAAGUUCUCUGCUUUUGCACAAUCUUCUUCUUCUUCUAUGGUCUAGGGUUUUGUUUCAGAUAAAGCGAAAUGGGGAAAAGUUAUGCAAUUGGACUCAUUACAGCCAUGGCUGCCUCUGCUUCUUUAUCUCGCUCUCAACCUGCUUAUGCCGAUUCUCCUUUCAGCUUCUCUCCUUCCUCCUCCGCUUCUUCCAAUGUUUCUCAAGCUGUUGGUGCCGCCGCCGCCGCCUCUUCCGACCAAUCCAAGGCGUCGCCGCCCCCCGACAAUGCUGAGCCUCCUCCUCCUCCUAAGGUUCGGAACGAUAAUCCUAGAACCACCUCCGCGGGGUUUGAUCCCGAGGCUUUGGAGCGCGGUGCCAAGGCUUUGAAAGAUAUCACUACCUCUUCUCAGGCCAAAAAGGUGUUUGAGGUUAUAAAGAAGCAAGAAGAGACCAGGCAGGCUGAGCUAGCUGCCAAGGCUGCAGAAUUCAAGGCAAUGCAAGCUCAGUCAGAAACUGAGAGACAAAGAGUCAUAUAUGAUGAGCAGAAAAAGCUAGCCCAACAUCAAGCACAAACGAAGUCCCAAAUGGCUCGUUAUGAAGAUGAGUUGGCAAGGAAGAGGAUGCAGGCAGAGAAUGAAUUACAAAGAUCAAGGAAUCAAGAACUCGUAAAGUUGCAAGAAGAGUCCUCGAUCCGACAAGAGCAAGCUCGACGAGCAACAGAAGAACAAAUCCAAGCACAACGCCGACAAACAGAGAGGGAGAAGGCUGAGAUAGAACGAGAAACAAUCAGAGUGAGGUCCAUUGCCGAAGCAGAAGGAAGAGCACAUGAAGCAAAGUUAGCUGAAGACGUUAAUAGGCGCAUGCUAGUAAACCGUGCAAAUGCUGAAAGAGAGAAAUGGGUUGCUGCCAUAAAUACCACUUUUGAACAUAUUGGUGGGGGUUUGAAAGCUAUUCUGACAGAUCAAGAUAAACUGGUAGUGGCUGUUGGGGGUGUGACUGCUUUAGCAGCAGGGAUUUACACGACAAGAGAAGGUGCUAAAGUGAUAUGGAGUUAUGUCGAUAGAAUAUUAGGGCAACCAUCUUUGAUAAGGGAAUCUUCCAGAGGAAAAUAUCCUUGGUCAGGAUUGUUUUCAUGUUCGAUGAGCACCCUUCGUGGUACAGAUAAAGCGUCUUCUAAUAAGGGAAAUGGGUUUGGCGAUGUUAUUUUGCACCCUUCUCUUCAGAAAAGAAUAGAACAGUUGGCUGGUGCAACUGCCAAUACAAAGUCCCAUCAGGCACCGUUUCGAAACAUGCUCUUCUAUGGCCCUCCGGGUACGGGAAAGACUAUGGCUGCCAGGGAGCUGGCUCAGAAAUCUGGAUUGGACUAUGCAUUGAUGACGGGAGGUGAUGUUGCCCCCCUUGGAUCACAGGCUGUUACCAAGAUACACCAGCUGUUUGAUUGGGCCAAGAAGUCUCGGAAGGGUUUGUUGCUUUUCAUUGAUGAAGCUGAUGCAUUUUUGUGCGAGCGAAACAAAACCUAUAUGAGUGAAGCGCAAAGAAGUGCUCUCAAUGCUCUCCUGUUCCGCACUGGUGACCAGUCGAAAGACAUUGUCCUUGCCCUGGCAACAAAUCGUCCUGGUGAUCUUGAUUCAGCUGUGGCAGAUCGUAUUGAUGAAGUACUGGAAUUCCCACUGCCCGGGGAAGAGGAGCGUUUUAAGCUACUAAAGUUGUAUCUCGACAAAUAUAUUGCACAGGCUGGCUCGAGAAAACCCGGUUUGUUUAGUAAUUUAUUCAAGAGUGAACCGCAAAAGAUAGAGAUAAAGGGGUUGACAGAUGACAUAUUGAGAGAAGCAGCAGCGAAGACCGAAGGAUUUUCUGGGAGAGAAAUAGCAAAACUAAUGGCGGGUGUUCAAGCCGCCGUUUAUGGCAGUGAAAAUUGUGUGCUCGAUUCGAGCCUUUUCCGCGAGGUAGUUGACUACAAAGUGGCUGAACAUCAACAGAGAAUAAAAUUGGCAGCCACUGAUAAAAAGUGAUUAAUGUACGAAUGAUUUUGACCACCAAGUUCCAUCCUCUUAGAAGUAGCUGGAAAUAAGCCUAGCACUGAGUGAGUACACAUUUGAGAAAGCCUGUCUUUUUUUGGGUUUCGGCUUUUGGGCAUAUUAUGUUAUCAUUAUUAUUUGCCCCUGAAGACUUGGGGGAUUUUGGCAUUUCCCAUAUCAUGUUUCAUUAAAUUCAAUGUUAGCAAAUAUUUGUUAAAAGAAAUUGCAUACAAAAUUGCAUAUAUAUUUUUUUGGAUA